UGUAACAGUACUUUGGCAUAGGUGCAAUAAUUGUUCUCGUGCCCUUACCUAAUUUGUCACGAAGUGAUAGCUAGCUUCUCUCCAGCAAAUGUCCCCCAUCUCCUCCUCCACUGCUCAGCCCCCUCCCAGCAAGUGUAAAUAGACGAGCGAAUGUGUGUACUUUAUGUCACCCGCGCCUCCUGAAGCUCGGGAUUACUGCAAAUCACUUCGAAUGGCUCCUCGGAGGCGUUUGCGAUAUCGCCCACCGAUACAGCUCAGACGAUCCGAAUUCGAUCACAUCCCUGGCUCUCUCGCCGCCCUUGCCAGUUUGGGGCUGUAAUUUUCCAAACAACCACCUCUCCUUGCAAAAGUUAAAAAUCAAUCCACACAGAAACAAAAUGCUGACUUCCUGAGAGGGCUUCUCUUUGUCGAGCUGCCAGCUUAUGACCAAUAAAGAGAUAAAGAGGAGAGAAAGGAGAGAGGGAGAGAGAGAGAGGAGAGAGAGAGAGAGAGAGAGAGAGAGAGAGAGAGAGAGAGAGAGAGAGAGAGAGAGAGACUUGCUUCCUGCUCCCUAAGCAGGGAUUUGCCUGCGAUGCGCGGAGAGGACUGCGGCUGCUGAUUUACACAGUUGGCGCGGAGGAGGGGCCGGGGGUGCGAUGGGCUGAUCUGGGGGCUCCCGAGCGCCGCUCCCUCGGUGCGCGAUUUGGGGGCGGCUGAUGGAUUUGCUUUCGGGUUCCAUCCUCGCUUUUUCCUAUAUUGCUUCCUAAUACCCGACCUGGCGCUCCCGAUUGAGGAGCACACGUUGUUUUGUAAUCAAGCACGAAUGAUGAAACCCUCCAUAGCUGAGAUGCUUCACAGAGGGAGGAUGUUGUGGAUAAUUCUUCUAAGCACAAUUGCUCUAGGGUGGACUACCCCGAUUCCCCUGAUAGAGGACUCAGAGGAAAUAGAUGAGCCCUGUUUCGAUCCAUGCUACUGUGAAGUUAAAGAAAGCCUCUUUCAUAUACAUUGUGACAGUAAAGGAUUUACAAAUAUUAGUCAGAUUACUGAAUUUUGGUCAAGACCUUUUAAGCUGUAUCUGCAGAGGAAUUCAAUGAGGAAAUUAUACACCAACAGUUUUCUUCAUUUGAAUAAUGCUGUGUCCAUUAACCUUGGGAACAAUGCUUUGCAGGACAUUCAAAUGGGAGCUUUCAAUGGUCUUAGGAUCUUAAAGAGGCUAUAUCUACAUGAGAAUAAACUAGAUGUCUUCAGAAAUGACACCUUCCUUGGUCUGGAGAGUCUGGAAUACCUGCAGGCAGAUUACAAUGUCAUUAAACGCAUUGAGAGUGGAGCAUUUCGGAACCUAAGUAAAUUGAGAGUUCUGAUUUUAAAUGAUAAUCUUAUCCCCAUGCUCCCCACCAAUUUAUUUAAGGCUGUCUCUUUAACUCACUUGGACUUACGUGGAAACAGGUUAAAAGUUCUUUUUUACCGAGGAAUGCUGGAUCACAUUGGCAGAAGCCUCAUGGAGCUCCAGCUGGAAGAAAAUCCCUGGAACUGUACGUGUGAAAUUGUGCAACUGAAGAGCUGGCUGGAACGCAUUCCUUACACUGCCCUGGUGGGUGACAUCACCUGCGAGACACCUUUCCAUUUCCAUGGGAAAGACCUGCGGGAAAUCAGGAAGUCAGAGCUCUGUCCCCUGUUGUCUGACUCUGAGGUGGAGGCCAGUCUGGGGAGCCCUCACUUGUCAUCAGGCAAGGAGAAUGCAUGGCCAACUAAGCCUUCCUCCAUGCUGUCCUCUGUCCAUUUUACUGCUUCUUCUGUUGAAUACAAGUCUUCAAAUAAACAACCCAAGCCCACCAAACAGCCACGGACACCAAGACCACCCUCUACAUCCCAAGCUUUAUAUCCUGGACCAAAUCAACCUCCUAUUGCUCCUUACCAGACCAGACCACCAAUUCCCAUCAUAUGCCCUACUGGAUGUACCUGUAAUUUGCACAUCAACGACCUUGGCUUGACUGUCAACUGCAAAGAGCGAGGAUUUAAUAACAUUUCUGAACUUCUUCCAAGGCCACUGAAUGCCAAAAAACUGUACCUGAGUAGCAAUCUGAUUCAGAAAAUAUACCGCUCUGAUUUUUGGAAUUUUUCUUCUUUGGAUCUCUUGCAUCUGGGAAACAACCGUAUUUCUUAUGUCCAGGAUGGGGCCUUCAUCAACCUACCCAACCUAAAAAGUCUGUUUCUGAAUGGCAACGAUAUAGAGAAGCUGACCCCUGGCAUGUUCCGAGGGCUGCAGAGUUUGCACUACUUGUACUUUGAGUUCAAUGUUAUCCGGGAAAUUCAGCCCGCAGCCUUCAGCCUCAUGCCCAACUUGAAGCUGCUGUUCCUCAACAAUAACUUGCUGAGGACUCUGCCAACUGACACCUUCGCAGGCACAUCCCUGGCUCGGCUGAACUUGAGGAAGAACUAUUUCCUCUACCUUCCCGUGGCUGGUGUGUUGGAACACUUGAAUGCCAUUGUGCAGAUAGACCUCAAUGAGAACCCCUGGGACUGCACUUGUGACCUGGUCCCCUUCAAGCAGUGGAUCGAAACCAUCAGCUCCGUCAGUGUGGUGGGAGAUGUGCUCUGUAGGAGCCCCGAGAACCUCACACACCGAGAUGUGCGCACCAUCGAGCUGGAAGUUUUAUGUCCAGAGAUGCUGCAUGUCGCACCAGCUGGAGCGUCCCCAGCCCACCCUGGAGAUUCUCACCUUGUUGGGGGCCCGACAAGUGUACCACCUUAUGAGUUAUCUCCUCCUGGGGGCCCAGUUCCACUUUCUGUGUUGAUUCUCAGCCUGCUGGUUCUGUUCUUUUCAGCAGUAUUUGUUGCUGCAGGCCUCUUCGCCUACGUGCUCCGGCGACGUCGGAAGAAGCUGCCCUUUAGAAGCAAGCGACAAGAAGGCGUGGACCUCACCGGCAUCCAGAUGCAGUGCCACAGGCUGUUUGAGGACGGUGGAGGAGGCGGCGGUGGAAGUGGGGGUGGAGGCCGACCCACUCUUUCCACGCCCGAGAAGGCUCCGCCUGUGGGUCACGUGUACGAGUACAUCCCACACCCUGUCACCCAGAUGUGCAACAACCCCAUCUACAAGCCUCGGGAGGAGGAGGAAGUGGUUGCUGCAGCGGUGCAGGAAGCAGACAGCGCGGAACGUGGGGGUCCUGGGACACAGCCGCCAGGAAUGGGGGAGGUUCUCCUAGGAAGCGAGCAGUUUGUAGAGACAGCAAAGGAGCCCCACAGCAACUACCGGACCUUGCUGGAGAAGGAGAAGGAGUGGGCCCUGGCGGUCUCCAGCUCCCAGCUCAACACCAUAGUGACGGUGAAUCACCACCACCCUCACCCUCACCACUCCGCAGUUGGUGGGGCUCCAGGGGGAGCUGGGGGAGCUGGGGGAGACUUAGCUGGGUUCCGCCACCACGAGAAGAACGGUGGGGUGGUGCUGUUCCCGCCUGGGGGAGGCUGUGCAGGGGGCAGUAUGCUGCUUGACCGGGAGAGGCCACAGCCAGUGCCCUGCACGGUAGGGUUUGUGGACUGUCUCUACGGCACAGUGCCCAAAUUAAAGGAACUACAUGUCCACCCCCCUGGCAUGCAGUACCCAGACUUGCAGCACGAUGCCAGGCUCAAGGAAACCCUUCUCUUCUCAGCUGGAAAGGGCUUCACAGACCACCAAACCCAAAAAAGUGAUUACCUCGAGUUAAGGGCCAAACUGCAAACAAAGCCGGAUUACCUCGAAGUCCUGGAAAAAACAUCAUAUCGGUUCUAACAGAAAGGAGAAAAUUAAUUAGUGCUUUUUUUUUCCCCAAAAAAAGAAAAGUAAAGCAAAAGAAAUAUAUACCCUGCUCCUUUUACACGUGUCCCAGUACCUCCAUCCUCGCAAUCUUCCCUGCCCGGAACAGAAUUGAAACCGCAUGAUAACUAGAGAAUUCAGAUGUGUGCUCUUCCCUCUGCUGCGAUUGGAGGAAGGGCCAUACUCAGAUCAUUAAUCAAUGAAGUGCCUUCGCAGACUUCUGCCAGCAAAUGUUAUCAUUAUUUUUUAUACCGAAACUUGAGACUUUGACUGUGCCGUGUAUAAGGUAUAUUGAGGGUCGUUGUAUUGAUCCUAAUUAAGUAAAAUUCAAUGUGUCUUUUUA